GUCCUUCUAUCUCCAGCUCCAUGUGGUCCUUCUUUUCUCCUGUUUGGAUCUUCAUACUUCUGCAGCUCUCACAUGUAGCAGGUCACUUUUCAAUCAAACCACCAAAAAAUCCUAUAAUUGGAUACCUUGGAAUGGAAGUAAUUCUCCCAUGUCAAAUAGAAACCUCGGGGCCACUCACAGACACCAAUAUCAAUGUUCAGUGGAUCUUGGAUAAAUCAUUCCAAAAAAUUGAAGUGAAAAACUAUAAAGCUGCAACGGAGCAUAAAAGAUACCAAGGUCGAACACAGCUCUUUGAUUCUGAGUUUAAUAAAGGGAACAUGUCCCUGCUGCUGAGGAACAUUAGUCUCUCUGACCAAGGAAAAUAUACCUGUAUCAUAUCCUCUCAAAACUGGUAUGAUGAAGCAGUGGUUGAGUUGCUUUUAACAGCAAAUGGAGGCAACCCCACCAUUACCUUGGCGGAUUACACAGGCACAGGUAUUGGACUCACCUGCAGCUCUGAGGGGUGGUACCCAAGACCACAGGCUCUCUGGCUGGGCAGCAAUGGGAAAAACCGGACAGAGAAGUCGGGCAUAGCAAACACGGAGGCCACAGCAGGGAUCUUUUGGGUUUGGGGUUCCAUUACACUCGAGCCAGGAGUGGAUAGCGAAGUCUCCUGCAAAAUCAUCAACGGCCUGGUAAAGAGCGAGAGAGAAUCCCGAAUCCUCGUUUCUGAUGCUUUUUAUCCAACUUCUUCCCCUUGGAUUGCACCCUUUGUAAUCAUUUUAGUGCUUUUCGGUUGCCUCACUGCUUUUUUGGCAUAUAAAUGGAGACGUAAGUAUUAUAAAUUUGUUAUUAGGAGAAUUUGUGAAAUUAUGUCCACAACAUAUUUUAGGAAAAGCCUCUUCUUCUCUGUCUGUGCUAAUAAAUGUGUCAUAUGUGGUAUAAAAACAGAAUACACUCAAUUACAUUGUACAUAUCUACUCUAAUUUCUCUCCAAAAAGCAUGGAAGCCUUGGUCUAACUGUAUUCUCUUAACAGUAAAUAGUAGAUUCAUUUAAUGACAGCCAUUUCCCAAACAUGCAGUUGGCAGGUCCUGGGAAUACUGUACAGUAGAAAUUAUGUGUUGUGUUUGAAGGAUUUGACCAAGACCUUUCAGCCCAACAGCAAAACAUGCUGCUUCCUUGGCCAAGGAAUGAUAGAAGGCCGGGCUCCUAAGACUUCUACCAGGGUCAACCAAUGCAAACCUGUUCUCACCUGCUCCUGCCCACACAGGCUGCUUUUCCACCAUCCCAGUUCACUCCUGUGACUGAAGAAGAUUCCAAAAUCUUGAAAUCUUGUUCUCUGUAAAACAAUUGGGGUCCUCCAGAAGUGGAUUUUUGAAAAAAGAAUGUUACAGAGUGUUUUGAAGUCUGAUGGGUUUGCAU